AUGUUCCAACCCGCAUACGUGGGGCGAUUUACAUCCAACGACAACGAGGGUGCAGCUUUCGACGGAGCUUCGGAUAGCGACGAACCGUUUCACACUCCACUGAACAUACCACAAUGGGAUCGUAACGUCGCGUUCCCAUUUGGCUACAGGCUUCCUCCCAGCAAUUUCACGCUGGGAUAUGGGUAUGGUUCCUCUGAACCAAAGCGAGCGCUCAUGAGAGCGAGAUUCGACACGGACGAAGCAGCGCCAGUGGUGGAAGGUUGGGAGCGCAACGCAGGCUCUACCCCGCGCACCUAUGUUCCGCCCAGCCGUGCCAGACACGAGCACUGUCCCAGUGAACUUCCGUUCACAGAAGCGUACCCCCUGGAGCAGCUUGGAACCUUUUCGCAGUUUGGCUACAGCCAUGCCCGGGGAAGGGCUGUAGGAGAAGUUACUAGCUCUGGCGUUCCGGCCCACGAAUUGGCAGUGCCGUUCCUCAAUAGCAAUCCGUCACCGCUCAACCAGUACCCCGGCUCAUCGAGUGAAGUUGGUGAGAGCGCGUGGGAUGGUUAUUCACCCUCAUACAUUUCUGUCGCUCAACCGCACCAAGCCAGCGAUUAUGGAUCUAGGAUUGGUACAUACAGCAUCGCCGAUACCCCGGUGAAUGGCAUGAAUGGGUUUGCUGACUACCCAUGGCGUCUCAUCUCGCUUUCUCCUCCCGAAACAACGUCGGAUUAUGCUGCGGAUAUCGUGACCUUGACUGAAAUGGACCAGCCGCAGGCUGUUGACCAAGCUGCUGCUGCUGAUACGGGUCUCUUAUCAUCACGCCACCUCGACGAACAGCCCGUGCAGCUGGACAACGGGAAAUACGGCUGCCCAACUCGUUCCUGUCAGCGGCAGUACAAGAAUAAACGAGACUGUUCGAGGCAUUUUCAAGACAAGCACGCUGGUCGACCUCGCCUCCAAUGCGAUUACUGCUUCAAAUCCUUUCUACCCACUCGGACAGAUCAACUCAAAAAACAUGUCGAAGAAUUACAUCCCGGGCUUUCCCACUAA